AGGUUGGAUAAGGUCACGUACCUGGAAGGUCUUGGCACGGCUGAUCUUUGCCUCCGGAGGAGCUCUACUGCGGCAUGCUGUUGAUCAUCUUCCUUUUAUGCCUUCAGCCCGGCCUGUGCCUCCAGAUCACGGGAAUCGGAGUGCCAAGCACAGCCUUCAGCGGUGACAAAGUCCGCCUGACCUGUUCAUUCGACCUACAUGGUGACGAACUCUAUUCGCUGACCUGGUGGAAGGACGAGAAGAUGUUCUUCAAUUUUGUCCCGAAGAACGCUCGACCCAAGAAUGUCUACCAAACACCGGGCAUCACUGUAGACGAACAAAGAUCAAAUCUGCACGAAGUCAUCCUUUCACGCGUUGACCAUCGAGCAUCUGGUAAGCUGAAGUGCGAGGUAUUAGCCGAGAGUUUCGAACAAGACACCAUGGUUAAGAAUAUGACAGUAAUAGAUCUGCCCACCAGAGGCCCCACCAUCAUUGGCUUCCGCGGCAACUACCAAGUCGGUGACCUGCUGCUUCUCAACUGCUCCUGCCCACCGUCGUACCCGACCACAACGCUGUCCUGGCAUAUCAAUGGCAAUCUGGCAUCUAGAGAGACUGUCAUCGUAUUUCCUGGCGAGAGUGAUAGCAUGGGACGCAAAGCCUCCCUGUCAGGCCUUCAAAUGUGGUUACGUUCAGAACAUUUUACAGGAGGCCAAGGCCUUCUCCUGCGCUGUACAGCCUCUAUACUGGAUUUGUACAGGAAGUCUACAGACGUUCUCAUCACCGAUUCAAACUACAUAGCAAGUUCGCCGAGAGAAGGAGCCUCUACGGGAGGGAGCGGUUCUUAUUUCGCCACUUCUGCAUUGAUACUAACGAUGGCCCUGACAGCGUUGGUUACGUGAGGAUGGCAUCUACGAGCUUGACCAAUUCUUCUUCGUCUUCGUCUUUGUCUGCGUCUUCUUCCUCUCCGCCUAUUUAUCCUCCUUCCUCCACCGUCAUCAUCCAUGUAAAAUAGAACAUAGAGAGCAUUUAGAGUCAAGGUGUUCCUUUUCUAACACUUUUUUUGUCAUAAUUAAUGUCAUUAAUACGACUGCUUCUUAAAGCGUCUGAAGGCGCAAUCACCAGAUCCCAUCGCGUAAGUGUUCUUUCAACAGAUUCUUGUUACUCUGCUUAUUUUGUAAAUGAAUGACACUUAGACGUCGAGGACAUUUUAUAAACACUGGAAUGAUCGAGUGAGUGACAAAGUAAGCAUGUGAGAAUAUCACUAUUUUUUCCUCGCCCUGCACGAAUGGCGCUUUCUUUUUUGCUGCGAAACAAAUGUGCGAUCGAUUUAGAUGGAACGAAACAAGUGCAGGUAUGGACGGCGAAUGGCUGGUUAGUCUAGGGUCUCUGCACUUCAGCACCAAAGGAUUAUUAUAUCUCGGUGAUUGGAUGUCUUUUCCAGAGAGUUUCAAAUUUGUUUAUUUAUUUACUAUUUUUUGUUUAAUGAAACAUCACUGGAGAACUAACCUGUUGCAUUGUUUUAUUUGGUAUUUAUCUACUGAUUGUAAAAAUAUUGGCGUAUACUGUGGAAUUAAAUCAUGAUGGUAAUAGUAGCAGUAAAAACAACAACAGAAGACGAGAAUCUCAGUAUUAGUAAAAAGAAAAAAAUGAAUAGGAAUGUGACGAUUGCUUCUCUGUAUUCACUAAUUUAACAUCAGGUCACUUCUUAAAUUACUUGCAAGACUCUAAUUUUCAAAAUUUUACUGAAGCAAAGAGAGUAAACAAGUUAUUCAUGUUUAGGUAACGGUAAAAAAGAAAUAUACUUUUAAGACAUGGUAUAUUUCUGAGUAGACAUUUGAGUGUUAGACACAUAGAAAUCUUAGCUGAUUUAAGUCUUCUAAGCGUGCUCAUCCAUAAUCCAUAUGCAAAAUGGUAUUGGUGAUUUGUUACCAGAAGUUAAUCAUUUAUAUAAUUUCGAAUAGGGUUAAAUAACAAUGGUCCAGUAGUAAGUGAGAUUCAGGAAAGAUUUAAUAUAAUAAAAUAGUGUAUGGAUACGUUCAAGACAGUGACGAAGAAUUUUGGCACUGGAAUGGCGAGCGUGAGGUUCGGUCAUUCAAUCCUUCAAAGAUGAAUCUUUUGUCUUCUUUUUCUUCUUCUUCUUCUUCUACUUCUUCUUCUUCUAUAUUCCUGCUUUCCAUCUCACUUAGAGGCAAAUCGCCAUUUGGUAAUGGAACUAGUAGCUGAUGAGGGCUUCGGGUCAUUAUUUUUCAUCCUCACAAUAGAUACCUUACUAUGACUUACCGAAGCUUCAUCAAUCGGGAGAACUGUUCUUCAGAGAGGAUACCUGACACUUUUCAGAUUGCCUGGUAUGUCUUUUAAACAAAGUAGGAAACAUGAAAUGCAUAACAAACAUGUUUAUUCUGUUUAAGCGUAUUGGCUGAAUGUGUUCACGGUACAGUGAAAUACUUCCUAGUUUCCACUUACGAAAUUUAGGGUCGUCAUAAUAAUUUUCGAGGGUGUGUUUUUCUGGUAAUAAUCUAGACACAUCUUACAGACUUGCAUCUGAGGCCAAAAGUUAAACUUGCACAACCUUCUAAUGUUUUUCAGUUCUUACAAAGACGAUAGUUCUUUGCCUUCUUUUACCACAUCAUAUGUAGUACGCAUGUUUGUAAUGCAUUUAUGAAAACAUUAUUGCAUGAA